AUGGCUCCCAAGUCUCUUGAACUCACCCCAGAUGACUACCGCUUCUUCCGCUCCCAAACCACCAAGCCCGUCCCCAUCCCCAAGCACAUCUCCCUUUCCGACAGCACCAUCAUCAUCACCGGUGCAAACACCGGCCUUGGCUAUGGUGCCGCAGAGCAAUUCCUCGCCAUGAACCUCAAGCGUCUCAUCAUUGCCGUCCGAAGUAUCUCCAAAGGUGAAGCCGCUGCAGCAACCCUCCGCGCCAAAUAUCCCAACGCCGAAAUCCUCGUCUGGGAUGUCGACAUGAACACAUACAAGAGCGUUCAAGACUUUGCGAAAAAGUGCGAGACGCUUGACCACAUUGAUCUUGUCAUUCUCAACGCUGGUAUACAAAUGACAAAGUUCGAACUUAGUCCUGAGGGCCAUGAGGUUUCUUUCCAGGUCAACUACCUCUCUACCGUUCUUCUCGCCACGCUGCUUCUUCCUACACUCAAGCAAAAGGCUCCAGCAGGCCAACCAGGACAUCUCACAAUCGUCAACUCUGGCACCGCUCUGAUGGCCGAUUUCCCCAAUGGCAAAGACGAGAACGUCAUGGAAUUCUUCGACAAGGAGGCCUUCUUCACGGGUGGCGUGAAUCCCCUUCCUACAUAUUCCAGAACCAAGGCCCUUGCACACUUCUGGAUCGUUAAGCUGGCUGAGCGCGUCAAAGCCGAGGAUGUGAUUGUCAGCCUCGUUGAUCCAGGUAUGGUCGGCGGAACUAGCUUGCAACGGGGUCAGGGAAACAUCGUCAUUCAAUACAUCUUUGCUUUCGUCAACUGGGUCAUUGCUCGGAGCAUCAAGAACGGAGCUAGUACGUUUGUGCAAGCUGGUGUUGUCAUGGGCAAGGAGACUCAUGGGUCUUAUAUCAUGGAUUGGAGGAUUCACCAUUAUACCAAGUUCUUGUACACGCAAGAGGGGAAGGCCUUUGCGGACAAGGUCUGGUAUGAGACGAACAAGCUACUGUCAUUUGUCAACGUCGACGGUAUCUUGAACUCGCUUUGA